AUGAACAUUGAGGACACCAUCAAGCCCGGCGACUUUUUCAAGUAUGGGUAUCCUGGGCCAGUCCAUGACUUGGGAGCCUACAGAGAAUUCAUUUCCUGCUACGACAGACAAACAAAGAACCCCUACUGGGUGGUUGAGCACAUCACGGCGGAUUCGUUGAAGAGAAACGGAGACACCAAUAGAGGCAAAUCGGUUUUCAAAGAAGAUGAAAAGAUCCCCAUGGAGUACCGGGGCUUGUUGAGAAACUACUUCCGUAGUGGGUACGACAGAGGCCAUCAGGCUCCAGCAGCAGAUGCCAAGUUCAGCCAGGAAGCGAUGGACGAGACGUUCUAUCUCAGCAACAUGUGUCCCCAGGUUGGCCAGGGAUUCAACAGAGAUUACUGGGCCCACUUUGAGGAUUUUGCCAGGAGACUCACCUCGCAAUACAAACAUGUUCGGAUUGUGACUGGGCCCUUGUACUUGCCCAAGAAGUAUCCAGACGGAAAGUACAGAGUUUCGUACGAGGUGAUUGGAAACCCACCCAACGUUGCUGUUCCCACCCACUUUUUCAAAUUGAUUGUUGGAGAGAGAACAGACAUCACCAACGUGAACGAGCAACCAAUUUCGGCAGCCGCCUUUAUCUUGCCCAACGAUCGAAUCAGCAACGACGUGCCCUUGCGAUCCUUCCAGGUUCCUGUCGAGGCCUUGGAGCGAAGCACCGGUUUGUCCUUCUUCCACCAGAUCUCCAACAAAAGCAACAUCAAAAACCUCUGUGACGAGGUCAAGUGCGAUAUUAUUGUCAGGGAGUUUCCCAAGGCACUUCCUGCUCCAGAAGAGGUCUUAUCCUUGCCUGCUCCAAAAGACUAG